GGCCUUGGUUGCCAGGGAACGGCCUGCGGGGACUGCGGCGUCUGCGCGGAGUGGCGUAGUGCUUGCCGGGGCUGUACGCGGAGGAGCGGGGGUCUGCGGAGAGCUUCGCUCAGGCCGGCACUUCCAGCCGCAGGGGCUGCCGCCAUUGCUGCCUGGCCGGGUGAGCGCUGCCCAGCUCGCCGGGCGUCCGCGGGUCGCCGGCGCCAUGGGCCAGUGUGGCAUCACCUCCUCCAAGACCGUGUUGGUGUUCCUCAACCUCAUCUUCUGGGGGGCAGCUGGCAUUCUCUGCUAUGUGGGAGCCUAUGUCUUCAUCACUUAUGACGACUAUGACCACUUCUUUGAAGACGUAUAUACACUCAUCCCUGCUGUGGUGAUCAUAGCAGUAGGAGCCUUGCUUUUCAUUAUUGGGCUAAUUGGCUGCUGUGCUACAAUCCGGGAAAGUCGAUGUGGACUUGCCACGUUUGUCAUCAUCCUGCUCUUGGUUUUUGUCACAGAAGUUGUGGUGGUGGUUUUGGGAUACGUGUAUCGAGCAAAGGUGGAGAAUGAGGUUGACCGAAGCAUUCAGAAAGUUUAUAAGACCUACAACGGAACCAACCCUGAUGCUGCUAGCCGUGCUAUUGAUUAUGUACAGAGACAGUUGCACUGUUGUGGAAUUCAUAACUAUUCAGACUGGGAAAACACAGAUUGGUUCAAAGAAACCAAAAACCAGAGUGUCCCUCUUAGCUGCUGCAGAGAGACUGCCAGAAGCUGUAACGGCAGCCUGGCCAACCCUUCCGACCUCUAUGCCGAGGGGUGUGAGGCUCUGGUUGUGAAGAAACUACAAGAAAUCAUGAUGCAUGUUAUCUGGGCCGCAUUGGCCUUUGCAGCUAUUCAGCUGCUGGGCAUGCUGUGUGCGUGCAUCGUUUUGUGCAGAAGGAGUAGAGAUCCUGCGUAUGAGCUCCUCAUCACUGGCGGAACCUACGCAUAGUAGACGGCUUCAGCCUGAGCUAAUUUUUAGUCUUGUUCUGAUUUGGAAGAUGAAUUAAGCAGGCCUGCUGCAGUUGGCCUCCUGGGUUCAUCUAGUUAAAGCACACAUACAUUGGUGUUGGACAGAGCAGCUUGGCUUUUCAUGUACCCACCCAUUUACCUACCCACCAUGACUUUUUCCCUUAUUCUAGCUGACUCUCCAUGCCCCUGAUUUCAGAACCAUUUACAAGUUGCAUAGACUUAAAGGAGGAUGUGGGUCUGCUUCUGUUGCCUCCAAGGAAUAAUGGGACAGUGUCGUAUCACCGGGUCAUUUCAGUCUUCACAAUGGAGAACUCUUGGCCAAAGGUUUUCGGGGGGAGAGGGAGGAAGCCAACUGUCUGGUUAAAAUUAACACCAGAUGGUGCCCCUCAUCAGUGUCCUUUUAAAGAAUAUAUACUGUAGUACAAUAACAUAGCAGUUGUACAAAAUGGCUAACAUAGUUUAGAAACAUAACAGUGUGUGUUUUUGUUCAUCUUCAAAAUCAGGCUGAUCUUUGAAACUAGUGGUUUUUAAUCAAAGCUGGCUUUAUAGGAGGAGUAUAAUGGAUGCACUACUGUUUUAAAGCAAUUAGUGUGAGUGCGUGAGUGUUUCUGUGUGAUUGAGCCCAUUCAUCAUAAGUCUUAAACUUGUUAGAGAUAAUGUACCCAUGUAGACUAGCAAAAUAGUAUGUAGAUGUGAUCUCAGUUGUAAAUAGAAAAAUUUAAUUCAAUAAACUCUGUAUCAGCCCUCAA